UGAUAAGCAGCGACCUGCAGAUCAUAUGACUGCGGGAAGAAAACAAAAAAGAACAUCGUUUGCCUAUUUUGGUGCCCUCCGAGUCUGACAGUCGCCUAAAAGCUUCAACUUCACAAAUCUGGGGUUACAAGAACAGUAACUGAAACCAAGCAACUCUGACCAUGGCGAGCCCGAUCCCGAUCCCAAUUCGUCAGCUUUUCAUCAACGGUGAAUGGAGAGAACCUGUCUUGAAGAAGCGAAUCCCAAUCAUCAACCCUGCCACUGAAGAAACCAUCGGUGAUAUUCCGGCAGCUACGGCAGAAGAUGUUGAGCUCGCAGUUGAUGCUGCUCGAAAAGCACUUGCCAGAAACAAAGGCAGAGAUUGGGCAUCUGCAUCUGGAGCGGUUCGUGCCAAAGUUUUGCGUGCUAUUGCUGCUAAGGUAACAGAGAGGAAGUCUGAACUUGCAAAACUUGAAGCAAUUGAUUGCGGAAAGCCACUUGAAGAGGCAGCAUGGGACAUUGAUGAUGUUGCUGGAUGUUUUGAGUACUAUGCAGACCUUGCUGAGGGUUUAGAUGCAAAGCAAAAGGCUCCUGUUUCUCUUCCGAUGCAGAAUUUUAGGAGUUAUGUUCUUCAGGAACCCAUUGGAGUUGUUGGGUUGAUUACCCCAUGGAAUUACCCACUAUUGAUGGCUACAUGGAAAGUGGCUCCUGCCCUAGCUGCAGGCUGUGCUGCAAUAUUAAAACCAUCUGAAUUGGCAUCCGUGACCUGUUUGGAGCUGGCCGAUAUAUGUAAAGAGGUGGGCCUUCCUUCUGGUGUUCUUAAUAUUCUAACCGGACUGGGCCCUGAAGCUGGUGCACCAUUGGCAUCUCAUCCCCAUGUGGACAAGAUUGCAUUCACUGGAAGCUCUGUGACUGGGAGCAAGGUAAUGACAGCAGCAGCUCAGAUGGUUAAGCCGGUUACUUUGGAACUUGGAGGAAAAAGCCCAAUUGUUGUAUUUGAGGAUGUUGAUCUUGAUAAAGCUGCUGAAUGGACCCUCUUUGGUUGCUUCUGGACAAAUGGUCAGAUCUGUAGUGCGACAUCCCGUCUUCUUGUACAUGAAAGCAUUGCAGCAGAAUUUCUUGACGAGCUUGUGAAAUGGGCCAAAAACAUUAAGGUGUCAGAUCCAUUGGAAGAAGGUUGCAGGCUUGGACCCGUUGUUAGUGAAGGACAGUAUGAGAAAAUUUUGAAAUUCAUCUCAAACGCCAAGAAUGAAGGUGCAACCAUUUUUUAUGGUGGGGCUCGUCCACAGCAUUUGAAGAAGGGAUUUUUUGUUGAGCCAACCAUCAUAACUGACAUAACUACAUCUAUGGAAAUUUGGAGAGAAGAAGUUUUUGGACCCGUUCUGUGUGUUAAAACAUUUAGUACUGAAGAUGAAGCCAUUGAAUUGGCAAAUGACACCCAUUAUGGCUUAGGUGCUGCUGUGAUAUCCAAUGAUCUAGAAAGGUGUGAUCGUGUAAGCAAGUCUCUCCAGGCGGGUGUUGUAUGGAUCAACUGCUCACAGCCGUGCUUUUGUCAAGCUCCAUGGGGAGGGAAAAAACGUAGUGGUUUCGGGCGUGAAUUAGGAGCAUGGGGACUUGAUAAUUACUUGAGUGUGAAGCAGGUGACUCAAUAUGUCUCUGAUGAACCAUGGGGAUGGUACCAAUCUCCUUCAAAGUUGUGAAAGUGUGCCUGAAAUGGAAAUGGGAAAUCGCAAAUGUACCAAAAGCGAGCAAAUAAGGUGAGAGUUAUGUAGUUUACAGAGCUCUAUGUUAAAGACCAUUUAAUAAUAUAAGACGUGAAAUGAAAACUAGUUUGUGAGAA